ACGGGAGAUUCCACUCGGUUGUUAGGUUAGCUGCUCGCGUUAACGCUGCUGCGUCGCAGAUAAUCGCGUUCAGACCGAAGACAAACUCAGUGAUUAAUUAAAGAGUUAAACACGCGAAACAGAGAAGUUUAGUUCGUGUUUCUGUUUUUAUCCCUGGACUCUGUGUUUACGGCCCCGACCACUGAAACCAUCGCACGGGUCGGUUUGUUGCUAGGCGGCUAAUGUUAGCCUAACAGACGUCGCUCGUUUUAACUGCUGCAUCGGUCGGACAGUCUGUACCAGGCGGAGGUUAACGGGCAGUUUAACGGGCACUAAAGCGGAUCUGACCGGUGGAUGAACGCGUGUGACCCUGUGAACCGUCGGUGUCCUAUGGAGCGGGCUGACCGGGGGAAAGGAACCCGACUGCUGAAGAACCAACCGUUCGACGAGAGUCUGGAGCUGAACGACUCCGAGGAGGUCGCGAGCAUCUACAGCCUGACUCCCCGCAGCCAGCAUCAGUCAGAGUCCAGGAGAACCCGGGGUGUUCGAGGCCUGAUGUCCACCAACAGCAGCAGUGACGAGUUUGAUGAGGACCACAAGCCUCAGAGGGCCAAAGAGCCGGUAGGCGGGGUCAGUCCAAACGAUGAGGACGAGGAAGAGGAGGAGGACAACGACUCUGACGAAGAGGAUACAGACGACGACGACGAGCAGGGACAGGCUCCGGAGGGGGCGUACGAUCCCGCCGACUACGCCAACCUGCCAGUCAGCACUGAGGUCAAAGAGCUGUUCCAGUACAUCACACGUUACACUCCUCAGUCCAUCGAGCUGGAGCACAGUCUGAAGCCGUUCAUCCCAGACUUCAUCCCAGCUGUGGGAGACAUCGACGCCUUCCUGAAGGUGCCGAGGCCGGAUGGUAAAGCGGACGGUCUGGGUCUGCUGGUUCUGGACGAGCCCAGUGUGAAACAGUCAGACCCCACGGUGCUGUCGCUGUGGCUGUCAGAGGAGACCAAGCAACACGGAGCCACAGAGCUGAAGAAGGUGACGAGUGUUGUGAGUCCUCAGUCCAACCCUCGGGCGGUGGACAGCUGGGUGGACAGUAUCAGCGCUCUGCAUCGCUCCAAACCUCCGGCCAGCGUUCAGUACGGCCGCCCGAUGCCCGACAUCGACAGCCUGAUGCAGGAGUGGCCGGCCGAGCUGGAGGAGCUGCUGGGCCGCCUGCAGCUGCCGCCCGCCCGCCUCCACUGCAGCCUGACGCGGUACGCCGACGUCAUCUGCGGCCUGCUGGACAUCCCCGUUUACGGCAGCAGGAUCCAGUCUCUGCACCUGCUGUUCAGCCUCUACCUGGAGUUCAGGGACUCGCAGCACUUCACACGCAGAGCGCAGACCUGAUGACGCAGGGAGGCAGGACAGGGACCCGGUGCUGGUCUCACUGAGCCGGCACGGGUCUGAGAAGCAGCAGGCAGACGAACUGACAGACCGAAGAGCGAAAACUGUGGUGUGCUGAAAACGUCAGAUCAGAUGAAUGAUCUUCGCUGGUUGAUUGAAAUCGUGUCUCUGGUUUCAGGUCUGUGUUUCUGCUGUGAAGCAUCACAUCUGUUAACAUGUUUUGUGACUUUAAAUGAAAUAAAAGCAGAAAUGUCAUUAAAGCUUUGGAAUA